AAUUACUAAUAAUUAACUAACACAUAAAAAUUACUCAAAACGAUCAAAAUAUGGACACGAAUAAUGGUGGAAGGUGUACACAUUCGGAUGAUGAGGUGAUAUUAGCGGCGAGUUGUCCGAAAAAGCGAGCCGGGAGAAAAAAGUUUAAGGAGACGAGGCAUCCGGUAUACAGGGGAGUAAGAAUUCGGAAUGGGAAUCGGUGGGUUUGUGAGGUUCGGGCACCUAAUAAUAAGACACGAAUAUGGCUCGGAACAUACCCGACUGCUGAGAUGGCUGCACGAGCACAUGAUGUAGCUGCAUUAGCGCUUAGAGGUCGGAUGGCUUGCCUGAACUUUGCUGAUUCGGCGUGGCGGUUGCGUCUGCCUUUGUCGACUGACACGAGGGAUAUUCAGAAGGCGGCAGCAGAGGCGGCGGAGGCUUUUAGAGGGGAGGAGGUGGAGGUGAAUGUAGGGGAAACUAGUGGUACGAAAGAUAUGGAAAUGGAAGAGGAAGUUUCUAGAAGGGAUGUUGAAGUAAGGAAGAGUGGGGGUGAGGAUGUAUUAGAGGAAUAUAUGGAUGAAGAAGAAAUGUUUGAUAUGCCGGGGUUAUUGGUUAAUAUGGCUCAAGGAAUGUUGAUUCCUCCACCUGAUCAUGAUCCGUAUGGUGGUGGGUUUAACCGGAAUGAUCAUACUGAAAGUGAUGAUUGUGAAGUCUCACUAUGGAGUUUUUCUAUUUAAGAUAGUGCAAAAAUAUGAUUUUUGUUGGGGUUGUGGUACGCCUUAUAUUUCGAUCGCGAUAAACUGUUACAAUGGGAGUAUGUAGACAUUGGAUUUUGUUACUUCAUUAAUUUCUUAUUCAUGUUCACCUAUUAUACAGGCAUGCUAGGUGUUUAAUUCAACCAAGAGUGUAAUAUAAAGCUAUAAAGCUAGAAUUCUUUUUUAGAAGUAGAUUGUCCUUUUGUUGUGGUGGGAAAGCUAGAAAAAGACUAAAAAUGUUUGGUUUAAAGUUAAUCCUUUGUAAUGCAAUUUAUUUUUUGAUAGCGAUAUUUUUUUUUACUAUAACAAUUUUCUUUUUAUUUAGUUAAUUUGGUCGAUAUAUACUAUUCAUAACUAAACACUUUAAAAGGAAAUGUUUAA